AUGGAUCUACUUAAUUCUCAAAUUAUCAAAAUAAAUCAAGACCUCAGCAAAAUUAAUGAAGCUCAAAAAAUCCUUAAAGAGCUAAGGGAGAACAGACCUGAAAUUUUAAAUAGAGGAAAUGACCCAGAUUUAGAGCAAGACGUUAGGAGAAUCCUCUCAGGUUCUGAUGAGGAAGAAGAAACUAAAAUUGACGAUCGGCCAGGACUUGCAAUUACUCAGCCUAUCCCAGAUGAGAAAAAAAAAUGAUUUUACAGCUAA